AUGGAUCUGACCAAUGGAUUUUGGGUUCAUCAACGGAAAGUCAACUUCGGAUUUAAGUGAGUCGACUUCAUUCCAUCAUAAGAUAGUGUAAAAGUCUAAAGAAAUAAUUUUUUGUUUUAAAGAUCUUUGAGACCUGCAGAAUUACCUGAAAUUUGACUUGAUUAAGAGAUUAGUUUAGUACUACAGUAAUAAAACUCCGAUUUGAAACGAUGCUGCUGGCCGAGAAACCAAUUGUUUUCCGUCUCUCAAUGUCAUUCAUAGACGAACCGAUCAGUUUCUACACCACUAUCCUCAAGCCUGCUGAUUAUUCGGCAUUCAAAUUAUGCGCCACCAAAUUUCCGGCGACUUUUCAUAAAAUGUUUGUGGAUGAAGGGUAAGAUAAAUAUAGAAUUGACGGUUAAAAAUUUUAGAACAAUAAUUGACGUGGUGGCCCAAACAACGGAAAAGAGCUUAUAUUUGAAUCUGCGGAAUACCACGGUAACACAAUGCCCCUCAAUCUCGGUGGUCCUUCAGAAAGCCGGACUCGAGGAGACAAAUGCCCAUUUGAAGUCGAUUAUUCACGAUAUGAGGGCGGGUUUAAAACACAACAGUAGUGUGACAGCUUUGUCGAUUAUUUUAGAAUGAAAGAACAACAGUUGAGACGGAGUUGAAUGAAGUCCGAACCGAAAAUCAACGACUGAAACAACAGUUAUCGUUGAUGAAUCAAACGGAUCAGUUGGUAAAAAAGGCGUUAGCCCAGAUGGGAAAGAAGUGCUGUGAUAAAGCGGAUGAUGAAGAUAUUGACGAGGAGCAUACGGAGACUGAGAACAACGACAAGCCGAGUAAAGCGUUUUCCAAAGCCAAGUGUCUCAAGUGCGACACUCCGAUUGUCUUUAAAUUUUGCACACGCAUUAGGCAUAGGACGAGUAUUUAUUCCCGAAAGCUUUAGGUCGCGCUUUGCAGGGCAGCCGAGAAUGAUCCUCACCGUAAAACUCUCAAAAACGCUUCGAAUUUUCACCAACUUUUUUGCCCAAAAGAUCUAGUUCUUUCUACAAAACGCGAGCUAGGAAACCGGAAUAUGUAUUAGAAAAGACGAAUCAAAUAGUGUACCAAAUUUCAUUAAGAUCCGAGUUUCGCACUUUGAGCACUUCCCCCGUAAAUCCACCUUACUUUAGCUGAUCCAAUAACAACUUCAAUCCUCCCAUCCCUCCCUACUCCAAUGAAUACAUCCUCCGAGUCGAGUUCUUCGGAUAUUAUACUGGGGAUUGCUUCCUAUCUCCUGUGUGCGGUCUGUGAGAAAGUCUCCGUGCCAGCAAAACAUUCAAAUGAAUUGAGUCAGCAUUUCCUCCAAGCUCAUGCUGAUAACCAACAAAACAGAUGUCUCGUAUGCCCCGAGGACGCGAAUGUCCUGGAUCUGGAAUCUCAUGCCAAAUCACAUGCCCAGCGGGUGUAUGCGUGCGAAUAUUGUGGGAAGAAGGGGAGGAAACAUUACUUGAAGAGCCAUGUCAGAACUCAUACCGGCGAGAAACCGUAUAAAGUAAGGUCAAAGGUCUGAAAUAAGGACCGAAAAAUGCUAAAGGGCUGUGCCCAUGGUUCACGCUGUUUUUUCACACUUUGCAUUUUAAUAACAGGCACUAAUUUGAGCAAUAUCUCCGUAUUUUAGUCCAACUUUACUCCAAUUUCAGUGUCAACAUUGUGGCCGUCGAUUUGCUGACCAGUCAACGAUCCGCCGUCAUCAAACAACAGUCCAUUCGAUUGAGAAACGAUUCGUUUGUCCCAUUUGCAACCGAGUAAUCUCUCGGAAAGACAAUUAUCGAGUUCAUUUGAGGAAUCAUGGGCUGAAUGGAGAAUCAAAUGCCGAUGAAAUCAUCGAUGUUGUAGAUGAGAGUAGUCAGAGUAAUGAGGCCAAGAAUACAGCCUGA